UGGUCCGCAGAGGAAGCUGGAAAGGCGGGGUCGUUUCUGCGGGAUUACUUUUCUGGGGCCGCUCCUGAUUGGGCGGCGUGAUGCGAUGCGCGCGACCCUUUAGACAACAAACUGUAAGGGACCGGACCCUGUCCUCUGGCUGCUCCCACCCGUAAUCGGAAACCCAGGGGCAGACUUCCGGGCUAGGGCCCUUGCAGAGGGCAAGGGGUGGCCGCGGGGCUCGGGCCACAUUCGCCUGGGUUUCCCAGCUCCGGGCACCGUCAUCAACGAAUGCUCCUUGAAUAUACGUGCGAAUAAAGAGCCGGGACGGAGAGCUUCAGUUGCCCUCUCGCUUCCCAGUUCCGCAAGACCCCUGGGCGGCGGAGUCAUGGACAAGCGCCUGCAGGAGGCUCAGCUGUACAAGGAGGAAGGGAACCAGCGCUACCGGGAGGGGAAGUACCGAGAUGCUGUGAGUCGGUACCAUCGCGCUCUGCUUCAGCUGCGGGGUCUGGAUCCCAGUCUGCCCUCCCCGAUACCCGACCUGGGACCCGAGGGCCCGGCUCUCACACCCGUUCAGGAAAGCAUGCUGCACACCACCCAGACAGACUGCUACAACAAUCUGGCUGCCUGUCUCCUUCAGAUGGAGCCAGUCAACUACGAACGAGUGAAAGAAUACAGCCAGAAAGUCCUGGAACGACAGCCUGAUAAUGCCAAGGCCUUGUAUCGGGCCGGAGUAGCCUUUUUCCACCUGCAGGACUAUGACCAAGCUCGGCACUACCUCCUGGCUGCUGUCAACAAGCAGCCAAAAGAUGCCAAUGUCCGGCGGUACCUCCAGCUGACACAGUCGGAACUCAGUAGCUACCAUCAGAAAGAGAAGCAGCUCUACGUGGGCAUGUUCGGUUAACAGAGAAGAAUGACGCUUCUCCGCUUGAACUUCGGGGAAAGUCUCACCCAGUGAACCCGAGCCUCGCAGGAGACACGAGCCCCACACCUCUGACCCAGGUGUCUGUCUGUCUUGUUUCUAGUCCUGCACAGACUCUGAACAACUUACACAGUCUGCCUUUGCUUUUUUGUCUGUCCAUCUAUAUAUUUGUAUAGCUUUUAAUACAUGGUAUUCUUGGGGACAUUUUCCCUGAGAAUUACAACCAGAGUAUAUUCAUCACCUGUGUGUGGAAUUAAUCAUAGAUUCUAAUGAUGGAUGUUGUCAGAUGUAUUCAUACACAGAGGAGACGUUUAGCAGAGGAUGAAGGAAGGACUGGCAAAGAGGAGUUUCUUCCUUUGUUUUCUCAGAUGCCCAAAGCCAAACUUAGGCCAGAAACUGGGCAGUAUAUUUCUUUUGUGAAACUAGACAAUUACAAAUUGGGCCCACGUGUCUUAAAAUGAAAGGUUUCAGUGCUCGCUUCGGCAGCACAUAUACUAAAAUUGGAACGAUACAGAGAAGAUUAGCAUGGCCCCUGCGCAAGGAUGACACGCAAAUUCGUGAAGCGUUCCAUAUUUAAAAAAAAAAAAUGAAAGGUUUCAAAUUAAAUUAAUUCCUUAUUUUUAACAUUCCACACAUAUUCGGAUUCUUCUUCCCCUACAAAAGUAUCUGGUUCCUAUUGUUUGGGUAAUUUCUAGUCAUUGCUGUUGUUUGUAUUCAGAUCAUUACAGUAGACUUAUUUAAUUUUCCAUUAAACUCUUCUAUUUUAAGAUCUCUGGAGUCAAGCAUUUAAGUAUUUAUUUAAUAAUCCUUCCACCCUCGUGCUACAAAAACACCCAAGUAAGCAGGUUAGUUUUUAAUAAGUGCAUUGCUAUAGUAUGCUUGUUUCUCUGAAACUUAGGAAAGACAGAUUACUAAGUCUAGAAACAGUACCAUGAACGAGCAGGAUAAAAGCAUAAAUCUGUUCUCUACCUGUCACCUUGUAUUUAGCCAGAGCCCAGUUCCCCUACAGAGGAGGGAAACCAUGAGGAAGGGUUCUCCUUCCUUAGUUAGUGCCUUUUAAGUACCGUUUUCAAAACCUUCUGGAAGCUGUGCGGGCACCAGCGCAGGCUGCGGAGCUGAUGCAGCCAUGGCUCAGUAGGAGGCUCCAUCCACCUUCCACUCACUUGUGAAUAAUGUCCACACUAGUUCUUUCUGCAGAGUAGAGGAGACCGAAUAGCACUGCCUCUGCUUUUGUGAGUGGAGCGGAUAAUUAGCCUGUGUCAUCAGUCAUCACAUAGCCACCGACUGCAGAAAGAAACACCUUAGUCUUGCCAGAUGUACCUAAGUUCUUCUCCCUUUAUCAGUCACUCCCCAUCUCCCAAUAAAAUAGCUCCUCUUCGUGUCUCCCUGUUCCCUUCAAUAUUGCAACCAUCAGCUUACAACACAAACUUCUACGAAAUAAUCUUUUUUUAAAAAUAUAUUUUAUUGAUUUUUCACACAGAGGAAGGGAGAGGGACAGAGAGCUAGAAACAUCGAUGAGAAACAUUGAUCAGCCGCCUUCUGCACACCUCCUACUGGGGAUGUGCCCGCAACCAAGGCACAUGCCCCUGACCGAAAUCGAACCUGGGACCCUUCAGUCCACAGGCUGACGCUCUAUCCACUGAGCCAAACCGGCCAGGCCAAAAUAAUCUUAAUGAAUCCAAGGAUAGAACUAACAAAAGUAGAAUCUUUUAUUCCUUUUCCAAGCCUCUUACAUUUCUAAAUCUAGAUUGUUGACAAAAUUUUGUCAUGGUUGCAUGUUUUGUGUGUUUUGGGCUGUUUUUGCUUUCUGAUUUCAUUUUGUUUGUGGUUUGUUUUUCAAGACAAUGUUCCUGUGAGUUAUCUUCUGUAUCAAUGAGGAAAAAAUAAAACUGAUAUUUAAAAAUGAA